AGAGAGAGAGAGAGAGAGAGAGAGAGAGAGAGAGAGAGAGGGUGUGUAUUCGUGUGUGUGUUUGUGUGUGUGUGUGUGUGUGAGAGGGAGAGAAAGCCAGAGCCAGAGCCAGAGAAACGAGAAAGAUAAAGGAAAGACAGACGGAACGAUAGACUUGUGCGUAAAAAAGUACCGGUGCCCCCCUUCUUCUUUUUCUUUCUCAAUUUCCAUCAGACACAAACCCAAAACCGGCUGCUUGGAUGAACCAGAACCUAUCGAUCUGUCAGUACUACACCUGGAUUCACUGACCAGCCGCACAGCAGGCAUGUCCCGAAGGAAGCAGAGCAACCCCAGGCAGAUCAAACGUCCUCUGGAGGAUGGCCUGGAGGAAGAGGAAGAGGAGUGCGUCUCUGAGGAGAAUGAGAUCCUGGCCAAAGACGAGUUCUCGGUGGAGGAGAACUUCUCCGCCGAGUUUGAGACUGAGAACAUGAGCUGUGAAGACAUGGAGUACUUCUGCAACAAAGGAGAGGAGGACGGCAACCGAGAAGCAGGAGAGUCGGACGGGCAGGGCGAGAAGACCAGGCAUCCCAUCGCAGGACAGGAUGAAUGGGAUGGACCAAGAGAGCUGGAUGCGCUCCUUAAAGAUGGCGAGCGUCGGAUCCACACCCGGCAGCAGCUUCCUGUGGGGACUACAUGGGGACCCUUCGAGGGGAAGAUCGAGAUGAGCAUUGACAGCACUAUACUGAAGAUGAAGUGCACGGUCCCGGUGGUGCUGAGCGCCGGCCCCAGGUGGCUGCUGGAUGUGACUUGGCAGGGAGCGGAAGACAACAAAAACAACUGUGUGGUGUACAGCAAAGGUGGCCAACUAUGGUGCACCACCACCAAGAACAUGAUGGAGGGCGAGGAGCUGGUGGCGUUUGCGGUGGACUUUGACUCACGUCUGCAGGCGGUGAACCACAUGUCUCUGAGCGAGGGCAUGUACCCAGCCAGGCUGCUGGACAGCAUCCAGCUCCUGCCGCAGCAGGCCGCGAUGGCUUCCAUCCUGCCCACUGCCAUCGUCAACAAGGACAUCUUCCCCUGCAAGGCAUGUGGAAUCUGGUUUAGGAGCGAGAGGAACCUGCAGGCCCAUCUGAUGUACUAUUGCAGUGGGCGACAGAGGGAACCAGAGACGGUUGUGGACGACAACGAUAGCGGGCCCCACCACACCCCCAGUAUGUGCCCCUUCCCACAGUGCACCAAGAGCUUCUCUGGAGCCAGGGCCCUGGAAAUACACUUGAGCAGCUCACACAGUGGUGUCAAAAUGGAAGAGAGCCUCCCUCCUGGCACCAGCUUGAAAUGCACAAUCUGUAACUACACGGCAGAUUCUCUUAUUACAUUCCAGCAUCACAUCAUGUCUCACCUGUCACAGGCGGCCUUCAGAUGCAAUCACUGCCAUAUCAGCUUCCAGAGCCACAGGGAACUCUUACAGCAUCAGGACUUACAUGGGCACGGCAGCAAACUUCACAGGGAAGGCGACGGCACCGAGCAUUCCCCCAGGGGGCUUGAGGAAAGCCUCCAGCAGCAGCAGGCCCGCGCUGAGCUGGCCAACAGGAAGGAUGCUCUGCUGGGAAGUCCCAAAGGGGCCCUCAGCAAGGAGACCAGCACAGACGGAGAGGCUGACAAGGCUGAGAAGAAACCCAUGCUGUCCAUUCAGAAGGGAGAGGCUCACCCAGGCAGCAAAGCCAGUUUUUCUUACACUAGGAUCAAGUCUGAGCCCUCCAGCCCCCGGCUGGCCUCCUCCCCUGUGCAGCAUAACAUGCCUACAUUUCCCAUGGGCCCCUUCUUGUCUCAGUUUGCUUUCUCCCAAGACAUUUCAGUAGUCCCGCAGGCUUCUGAGAUUCUGGCUAAAAUGUCAGAGCUAGUUCACCGGAGGCUGCGCCAUGGAGGGAACAGCUACCCCCCUGUCAUCUACAGUCCUCUUAUGCCCAAAGGGGCCACCUGUUUCGAAUGCAAUAUCACCUUCAGCAACCUAGACAACUAUUUGGUCCACAAAAAGCACUACUGUAACAGCCGCUGGCAACACAUGGCAAAGUCCCCCGACUUCUCCGCCCUCUCAGAUAAGGUUCCUGAGGCAGUGAGCCCCAACAGUGGUCACAGUUCUGUUAGCAUGUUGACCAGUUGCCACCCUACAGACGCCGACAACCACCUCCUGCAGUCUGGCAGUCUCAACUCCAAUGUGUUGGAAAUGAUCAAUGCUGGAGUUAAAGGGUCUGAUAAGGAUCUAGCAGCACAGGUGAAGAAGGUCUCUACCCCAACUGGGGCUGAGGAAAGGCUGAAUGGCAAGCCGAUGGAGGGAAAAAGCCCCACUACGGGUUUGGUGGAAAGUGACAAUGACCCAAACAAGACAACCUGCGAGGCUUGCAAUAUCACCUUCAGCCGCCAUGAGACCUUCAUGGUCCACAAGCAGUACUACUGUGCCACCCGUCAUGACCCACCAAUGAAACGCAUGUCCAGCAACAAGGUACCCUCCAUGCAGAGGACCAUAAGGGCCCGCAAGCGCAGGAAGAUGUAUGAGAUGUGUCUCCCUGACCAGGACCACCAGAGGCCCCCUAUGGGUCAGCCCGGUUUCCUCGGAGUUCCUCCUAUGAACCCUUGUACAUCCCAGGAAGCUGUAGAGAGCCUAGCAGAACGCUUCCACCCACGCUGUGACAUCUUCCCUGGUAUGGUACCCAAACACCUGGAGGCCUCUCUGACUGUCACUAAACCUAUUAUGGCUCCCAAAUGCAAUACAGUGGAGCAGCAGGAGCUGGACACUCCCAUUGAUCUCAGCAAAAAGUGUUCGCCAAUUUCUGACAAGACAUGUAGCUCCCCUAAAAGACUUUUGGACUAUCACGAAUGUGCAGUCUGCAAGAUAAGUUUUAACAAAGUGGAGAACUACCUGGCGCACAAACAGAACUUUUGCCCUGCAACAGCCGCUGCCACUGCUGCCGCCGCCGCUCAACAACUACCACAACAGCAGCAACAACACAAUGAGACUGGCAGCCUGGAGCCGACCAUGUUUCCAGAUGUGAAGAGUGAAGUCAAUAACAACCUUGAUGACGUCUACGAUAAGAGCCCCGGCAAAUGUGAGAAGAAUGGCAAUGGGAAGGUCAUGGUACAGAAUGGUGGCAUGUUCCCCCCUCACCUGGGGUCUGUGCCGGGAGUCAAGUCUUUUGCUGAGCCUCAGCUCAUCCCAUCAAAAGAUGAGAACAAGAAUAUGUUUCUGCCCCACUGCCUUUAUCCCGGAGCAAUAAAGAAGAUGAAAGGUCCUGAGCAAAUAUCGCCGUAUUUUGGGAUAAAGUCAACCGAUUAUGUGACUGGGGGACCAGCGAUGCAGGGAGAGGCCAGCGAACAGGAGCAAGGUGUUAAUGGGGGAGGAGGGGCAGGAGGAGAGACAGGAACAACCAGAGAGCAAGCCCAGCCGCCGGCUGCUAAUGGCUGUCCCCACCCUGGCAAGGAGCCCCUACCCCUACUGCCCAAAAACCGGGGCAUGGUCAUCGUCAACGGGGGGCACAAGCCCGAGGAGCGUUCAGGCACAGCUCCACCACAGCAGGAGAAUCAGCCCCAGCCUGACGGCCAACCUCCCAAUCCCUCACCUACGUGGGCCACCGAGAACCAGGCCGACUCCAACGAGAACAUGUCACCUUCCUCCAAGUCCCCAAACGAGGAAGCGCCACCCCCUGCCAACAAAGGUGUGAACGGCUCUGGAAGUGGCAAGUACUGCCGCCUCUGUGAUAUCCAGUUCAACAACCUGUCAAACUUUAUUACCCAUAAGAAGUUUUACUGUUCAUCACAUGCUGCAGAGCAUGUAAAAUAAGUUCAGAAGAAUAAGACACGUUCUUCUUCUCCCUCCCACACCGUCCCACCCCCUCCCCUCCCCCACAACUUUUACCCUUUUUCUCCUUUGUUUUGGUACACUGUUGUGUCUGGAAUAGUGCAUCAUGCAGUGCUAAACGCUGCUUGUGGACAAUCAAGAGAAGCUUCUUCUUUCAUCGUUUUAAGACUUAAAAAUGCAAAACCAUUGGUUAAAAAAGAAAAAGAAAAGAAAAAUGAAUCAAGAAUAAUAUUGGUGCCACUUUCACAUUAAUUUAUUUUACAAUCAGUAUUAAUAGGAGUAGUGAUCUUAAUUUAAAUUCAAAAUGAAAUUUAUAUCAGAGUUGUUUGUAAUGUUAUUGUAUAGUCAUUCUUGUGUAGCACACAUAUUGUUUACACUGUAGUGUAGGCUCAAUGAAACAAAUAGACAAUACAAAAAUGAGAUGCAUUUUAGACACAAAAAUAGCUACUGAGGCACUUGUGUAUUCUUAUUUGCUGUACCAGUUUCUGUAUAUGCUCAAAAUGUCACUUGCAGAUUGCUACAAAUGACUUGUUUGCCUUAAAAAAAAAAUCACCAUUUGGGGGUGAUAACCAGGCACAACCCUGCAUCUCACAUUUUGGCAUAUACACAAGGCUUUGCAUACAUAUGUGGCUGUUUGUCCCUGUCUCUUUUCUUCAACUCAGAUGUGGAUGUUUUCAUGAGGAUGGCAGCAUUCUUGUAUAGUACUCGUAUUUCUGUUUGAUGAUACACUUUGGUCUCCCUUUUUGAAAUUUGCUCUCAAUGCAAUACUUUGUAAAUGAGGGAACAUUACUGAAAGCAGUAUUAUGAAAUGGGGACUGUGCAUAUAAUUAUUUGUAACCCCAAAGG